AGCUUGAAAUAAAAUAGCAUCUAUCAGAAGAGAGACCUCCCAAAUUUCACGAUAAAACAGUUAUGCCCUUUUCACAUCGAGAAAAGAAAAGAGACAAUGCAUAUAGAAUCAAAUUCACAACCAAAAAAACUGGCACAGAGUCCUGUCAAAAUUUAUUAAGCGCCCAGCCAGGCGCUUAAAACAAUCAAAAUAUUUGGUGUUAUGUGUACACUAUGCAUUUACGCGGGAGAAAGGCUGUCAAGUGGAAAAACAGACAUAAACACACAGGAGAAAACACAUCAAUUACCAAACAAGGUUUUUAAAACGGGUUUUAUGCAUACUUAAAUGUCAUGGAUCAAGAAGAUCAAAUGGUUUUAGAAAAUAUAGAUGAAUAUGUUAAUGAUCAAAAUAGAGUGGUGACAUAUAAAUGGCUUAGUUUAACAUUGUCAAUUCAUGUCAAUAAAUCCAAGAGCUUACUGGAAGAAUAUGCAAACUCUUCAAAAGUUCCUUUAAAUAUUGUAUACUUUGUGGGUGGACGGAAAGACAUUGGAUUAUGCAAGGGUGUUGAAUAUACACUUUCACGUUCUGUUUCAUUACAAGAUGUUAAAAAUGAAUUCAGUGAACUUUUAUGUUGUCAUGUAUACAGCAUACAGAAAGCAGAGAUUAAAGAUCCUGAAGUUUUAUAUUCGGUUGAUGUGGACAUCACGAAAGAAAAUUUAUCUCAUAUCAACAAGUUUAGUUCGAUUGAAUGUCAACAACCGAUUAAAACAAACAAACAAAACAAGCAAGUAAACAAGGUUGUAAAUAACACGCAAAGUGAAGUUAAACAUGAAACAAAAAAGGAGAUUAAAAAAGAAUCUCCACCGUUGUCGUUUUUUAACAAGAAACCUGCUGGAGAGAAGUUAGGCACUAGAAAUGAACCCAAACAAACCGAAGUAAAAACGAAAAAUACAAAAACAGACAAAGCAAAUAUUGCAAGCUCUUUCUUAAAAGCCAAACCGAAAGAAGAUGUUAAAAAAGAUGGCGCAAAUGUGACUACCAAGAGGGAAAUCGAUGAAGUUCAAACAAAAGAAGCUGAUUCGGAAGACGAGAAGAAGAAAAAAAAGCAAGAUAGGGAAGAAAAUAAAAAAGUAGAAGAACAAAAUCCAAAAAAUGUUGAAAAAUCCAAAAAACGAAAAUGUGUUAUCGAUGAAAGUGAAUCAGAUGAGGACUUUGAAAAUUUUGUAAAUCAAACGAAAGAUCCAAAACUUCCUGGUGAUGACCAAAAGAAAGAAAAAAAGAAGAAUAGCCUUGCACAAGAAAAUGAAGAUGUUGAUGUUGAUGUUGUAGCUCCAACGCCCGAGCCAGUUGAAAAAAGAAAAACAAAGCGGAGAAGAAAGGAAGCUAUUGAAGAAAAAGAAGCAAAGGAGGAGAGCGUUACCAAAGGAAUGAACAAAUCGCCCUCCCCCGUCGAUGUUGAACAAAAUGGAGCCAAGAAUGAGAAGAGAAGAAAACGGCGAAAGGUUUUAAAAUCAAAACAGUUUGUUAAUGAAGAAGGAUUUAUGGUGACACAAAAGGGAUGGGAAAGCGAGUCUUACUCUGAAGAGAGCGAUAACGAGCAACGGAACAAUAAUUUUCCUGUGAAGAAGAACAACGAAACGAAAAAAGCUGAACAAGUUCUUGAAACCAAAACUAAAGCACAUUUGAGAAAGCCGAAACAUCAAUCAUCCAUGAAAAAUUUCUUUAAGAAGAAGUAAUUCAACUACCCCAUGCUUUGGGGUAACGUAUAUUUACGAGACUGGCCCCCACACUCACGUUAUCCUCCACCGCUGUGCUUCACCGUGGCGACUUGGAGAAGAAGUUUGCAAUCACUUUGAUGACGUUAUACACGGUUGAUAAGCCGAGAUCGAAAUAUCACCCGGACGCAAACGUGAAUAUGAGAAAACAGACAAUAACUGUUCGAAGCACUCACUUUAGUGUAAUAUCAGUAUUCGUGUGAAUAAAAAAAGAUUUAUGUGGUUUUGCUUAUUUAACAUGUUGUAUAUUUAAAAGUUACAUUCGGUUGUUUAGAAUAAAAAUAUGUGACAUAA